GUUAGAGUACGGUAGGUAUUCAGCUAGCGACUCUUCUUCCCCUUGCCUCGUUUCCAGUGGGGUUCCUUGAUUAAAAUCACGGUGAUAUCGAAAGCCAUGUGGCCAUGCGCGAAGCCAUUGUUAUAAGCGCGUGUGCGGCGCUGUAAUUCAGGUGUGUCAAUAAUACGGCUCAAAAUGCUCCAAAUUGCCUCUUAUUUAAUUUUUCUUUUUUUUCUUACUCCGCAUCACGACGAUCGCCUUCAUUCUUUCGGUGAUCGAUUUGGUGAUCGGCAAGAAAGGAAGCUGUCUAUUUUCUUGUGGUACUCAAUAUGAGGGUCUCUUCAUUACUUCUCGGCGCAGCGGCGACAGGCUCAUUUGGUGCUGCUAUAAAGGCCCGGGAGGAGUCUUUCUCUGAGCAGCUGUUGGAUACUCUUGGAUCGUUCUCUUCGUCGGAUCCCAUCAUUUCUGAGUUAAGCGCGGCGGUUCGCAAUUCAAGCGCACUUUUAGAUCAGGCUUCCAGUCAAAAUAAUACCAUCAGCUCUCGAACGUCCUCUUUCCAGGCGCAAAUCGCAUGCCAAUUGCUUCGUUAUAUCCUACCAGAUUCCUAUACGGAUACCAGGACAAAUCAAACUGCCUACGUCACUCUACUAGAAAAGAAUUGGUCGAGCAAUUGUGACCUCCCGGCGGCUUGUUUUAUAACCCCGGAACAUCCCGUCCAAGUAGCUAUCGCGCUGCAAGUGAUCAGCAGGGUCCAGUCCAAAUUCGCGGUCAGGUCUGGUGGUCACAACCCCAACCCAGGCUUUGCGAGUAUUGGCCAGGAGGGUGUCACCAUCGACACGCAACGUUUCUCGAACUUGAGCUUGAGUACGGAUAAGUCGUAUGCGACUGUAGGUGCUGGCCUUCGCUUCGGACCUGUUCAAGAGUAUCUUGAUUCGAAAGGCGUUGCGGUAGUGUCUGGUCGCAACAAAUAUGUGGGCGUAUCCGGACUUCUCCUCGGUGGUGGUCAUCCCAUCAUCAACUCGCUUACGGGGCUUGCAGCGGACAACAUCAAGAGCAUGGAAGUCGUACUCUCGGAUUUCAGAGUCGUUACCGCAAGCAGAACCGAGAACUCGGACCUAUUCCGUGCCUUGAAAGGGGGUGGGAACAACUUCGGCAUUGUCACAAAGUUCGAGCUAUAUACUAAGAUGCCGCGAAACAUCUGGUACCGCAAUGCAAUCUACGCCGCUUCUGACGCGCGAGCAGUUUUAAAGGCGCUAGCAGAGGUGCAGAAGAAUAUGGAAGGUGACUCUAAAGCCGGCAUUCAGAUGACGUGCUCACCUGAUAGCUUCACUGUCGCAUUCGUCUACGGCGAACCUACAAACGACCCUGCUGUAUUUGCGCCGUUUAGCAAACUGGUACCGACGUCUGAGAGGACCCCUCCCACGAACGGCACGACCUUGGAAUUCAUCGGGCUCCAAAGUCCACCCCAGCCCGAGGCCAGCCGCGACACUGUCGGUGUUACUACGACCCCUGACGCAAACAUGUAUCUCGAUUUCUACAACCAAUAUCUCUCCAUAAAUGCGGCUAACAACGGCACUUCCGCCGCAUUCCUCCUUGUUAUCCAAACCUUGGGCGCGGCCGCUGCUCGCGUUGCCGACUGCAACGGCGGAAACGUCUUAGGAUCGUCCAAGAGGGCUCUAACCCUUUGGAACCCCAUCUCGACGUGGACGAAUCCGGCAGACGACAAGCAAGUUCACGGCGUUGUUACGCAAAUAGGGAACUACAUCAAGAGUCAGUCGCAAGCCAAGAAGCUGUAUGACCCGCUCAUUUUCGCCAACAUCGCGGCGCGCGACCAAAACGUGCUCGCGAGCUACGGUUCGCAGAACCUGGACUUCCUGCGAAGCGUGAGCCAGAAGUAUGACCGCAGCGGCACGUUCCAAAGACUACAAAAUGGUGGAUUCCUAGUUUCUAGAUCAUAGAGGAACGGCUUGUAAUACUUUGUGUCGGGAUUCUAGAUGAUAUAUCUAGAAUAAAGGACGUUAUUAAUAUCUAAUGUAUAGCCGUAGGCUCCCGUAGCUAACUCAAAGUUCCUCAUGGAACAAUGAAGUUGUUCUCUUG